UUCCCCUCGUAAUAGUUUUGGUUCUAUUUUUAAAGCCAUUCAUGUUUAUCCAUCCAAACUCAAACUUGCCCAAGUCUCGUUUGUGUAAACAACGCUGUCUUUAUGAACUUGGUUAAUGAAGUGAAUAAUAUGCUCUGAUAUUACCUUGUAUGAAUAUCGUGUAUGCAGAGCAUUUUCUCACAUAAAGUGAGCUAAAUUGCCACAUGUGCUUCAAUUAGAGGAGACCCUAUAGUGUUGUGAAGCUAAAAACAUGAGUUGUUCUAACGACGAGGAUUUGUCUUCUUCUAGCAGUGACAGUGAAAGUGAUGAGUUGGAUGACACUUCUGUUAGUUUGAGAGCGAAAAGGCAAGUAAACUGUUAUUGCUCAUCAGCCAGACCUCAAGGAAAACGAUCUGUGAGUUUGGAAUGGCCUCCUCCCUCAACAUCUUCAUUUUCUUGGAGGGAUUCCCUAAGACAUGUUCAUUUUGGAAACCCUGUUUAUGGACAAAAGAUGCAGUUAUUUUGCAGAACAGGCCAUUUCUUAGGAAUCUAUCACCAGCAUGGAGUUCAUGGAACAAAAGACGAAGACGAUUUACACACCUAUCUAGAAUUGAUAAACGCAGGUGAACCAGGACAUGUGCGCAUCAAAGGUUCCGCAACAAACGGUUACGUUGGCAUAGAUCGAAAAGGAAGAUUAUAUACCGAAUUCGAUAUGACGGAAGAGAAUACAAUUUUCAUCGAAUCCUUGAAAGGAUUGUACAAUAUUUACCUUUCCAGAAAGUAUGCCCAUCUUGGAUGGUAUAUUGGAAUCAAGAAGUCUGGAAAUUUCAAACGUGACCCAAAAACUGGCUAUAAGCAGAAAGCUAUACAAUUUUUACCAAGAAGGGCUAAAUUGCAGUGAUUGAUGCAUUUAUUUAUUUUUAUAUAACAGAGGAUGAGUUAUGAUGUGAACAGUAUUACUAAAUUCAAAAAUAUUUUCAGAAUAACUUUAUACAAAUACCUAUUAUACAUAAUUUGUGAGUUUAAAUUUUGUAUGAAGUUUGAAUUUAAUAAACUUUCUAAGGAUUAACAUCAAAUUUUCCUAUAGGGUUCAAUAAUAUCAACAAAUCUGUUGUUUAUCCAAUAGAUUCUACAGCUAAAAUUUGCUUUAAGAUACCGUUAAAGUGUGGCCAUAAACGUUUUCAAAUUA